AUGUCAAAACGACCCCGAUUUGAUGGCGAUGAGCCGAACACGGCGCGAAAAAGUCUGGAGCAAAAAGAACAAUGCACCAACGACUUAGUGGAGGCUGAGCCGAGCGCGCCGGCAAUGAUACCGAAAACCGUGAAAAGUUAUAUUCAAGAAAUGCAAUACAACGAAUACCGUUUGCGUCAGGCUGAGCAGGAACAAACCGUUGAUCAGCCAUUUCUUGGCGCGUCUGGUCCUCAAAUGAGACAAUUAAACCCAGCUUUAACAAUGUCAGAAAUAAUGAAUAGUACGAAACGGCAGCGAUUAGCGCAGGGCUUCAUCGACUACACUCAAACGCGUUAUUAUGAUCGGUACAAACAGCAAGAAUAUACGAAAAGGAACGAUUUUAUGAAAUAUUGUCAUGUUUGCCGGAAAAAGGUCGUCGGAAAACUGCGAGUUUUACCUGGUGAUCUUCGGAUGAGAAAGGUGUGGAUUUUGCGAUCGAAUCUGGACGAGGAGCGCUCGGCUGAACUUUGGCUCAAAGAGCUCGCCUGUGAAGGUUCGCACGGCGGCGAAUUCUGCGAGGCGCACUUCGUUCCCGGCACCAGUCAUAUGAAGGGAAAUCAGCUUUUUCCGAUCGAUCGACGACCGCCGGAAGGCCAACACUCGGUGCUAGAAGAUAUUUUGUUCGAUUUCGACACGAUUUUGGUUCAAUGCGUAUUCUGUGGAAGGGAGGGACAUUUGAACACGAUGCUCCCGUUCAUACGGAAUCGCGCCAAACGAGCUAGAUGGAUUGAAACGCUGGCAAAUGGAGAUGUGGACUUCAAAAGACGCCUUCAAGCUACUUUAAAAGGCGGCGUAACUCAAUUCCUGUGCGAUUGGCACAUCGGCGACAGCUCGUUUGAAAUCAAUGGAUUCGGCGAAUGGAGAUUGUUGAAGAAUGCCCUCCCCGAUCCUCACCUUGAAGAGUCGGACAAACGCGGAACACGAAUCUAUCUCGUCGACAAAUGUCGCGACAUGAUGUUCUGGGAAGGCGAUUUGUGGAAGAACGCCGAUCGACACUCGAAGCCGUUGUCGGGCAGUCGGGAGAUCAACGAGGAGAGCAGUGAAUUGAUGGAGGAGAGGAAUAAUGCCGAAAUGCUCACGAGAUUCCUUGCCGAAAACAUGCAGACAAUAAUCGAUCAGAAUUAUCAAGAAAGCAAUAAUGAUGGAAAAGCGUUGGAGGAGCCACAACAUAUUGUUGAGAAGGAAAUAAUAAUAGGGAAAUGUGAGCCGGGACCCUCAUCGAAAUCGGAUGAUAUCGUUUAUUCGGAUGAUUCCGAUGAAGAGAAUGAGCUUAUAGAGAAGAUAGGAGAGAUACCGUAUGCGGAGCGGCUGUGUCAAGUUUGCACGAGAAUCGAGCCGGUUGGAAAUGUGUAUCCUUUCAAAUCGGAACUUCGAACGUGGCCUUUUGAUGAAUAUCGCCAUCGAAAAUGGCUUGAAAUUAUGGAUUGGCCAUCAGAUUUCGAGGAUUCGAUGCGAACUUUGUGGCAGAAGCGAAAAACUGAAGGAAAUCUCUCGGAUAACUAUCAUUUUUGCCCGAUAAAUAUUUGUCAAACGCAUUUGGAUUAUAGGAAUUUGCCCGAACGGAUGGAGAAAUGGCUGAGAACGUUUUGUGUGCUUUGCGUUUCGUGUAUGAGCUCCGAGAAUCUCGUCGUACCAUUUCCGCCGGAUUAUGAGACGCGUCGAAAAUGGGUUGAAGCAUUAUUCCCGCCGGAGAAGUCGCAUAGAUUUCAAAUCAAAAAAGUUCAAUGGCUUCGCCAACGUCUGUUGCGACGAAAAGCAACGCGUUAUCGUCUGUGCGUCUACCAUUUUGCGCACAAUUCGUUUGUGGUCCGACCCGACGGCGAUUUUGUUUUCGACAAUCGCGCACUUCCGAUUGCAAUGGAAAGCGAUGAAUUUGAGAAUGUGCCGCGUGGUCCGAACUCGGUUUGCAAGUGUAUGCUUUGCGAUGAUUGGAAGAAGCAAUCCGACAUGGUGCUUUUGAGAUGUCCGGUGAUGGAAUCGGAAAAGCAGUUUCUGGCUGAGUGCCUACUCGCUGCCGAGAGAACUACAAUUCGAAAAACCAUUUCGGCAAUGGUGAAACACGGCAAACCCGCGUUGAUCUGCCUCCUUCAUUAUCCCGACAAACACGUCGAUCCUUAUUCGGUUGUCGCCGAACGCCGAAUCAUGUACGGUGUGACGGCUGAAUGCGUAUUGUGCUCGCAUGUCGAUGAUUGCACAUCGAUGGUCCCAUUUCCGAUCGAGGAGGACGAUAAGCUGCGCACGAAAUGGAUCAAUGCGAUGUGUCGAGAGCCAUGGAUCUAUCGAUAUUUGACGAAGCGUCUCGCCAAAGAAGGCCGACAUUAUCUUUGCGCUUCGCAUUUUUCGAAGCACGCCCUGCGUUUCCAGGCCGGAAUGGGAUUGUGGAAGAAAUCGAACAGCACACCGCUUUUGGCGUGCACUAAUGAUGAGGAGAGGCAAAUGGUGUGGGAUUUGAGUAAAUCGAAUCACGAAUACCAUCCGCUGGUAUUGGAAGCGAUUGAUUCGAACGGAAUCAGAAAGAUUGACUACGAUCAGGUUGUCGAGUUGUUGGGAUACGAGAGAAUUUUGGAGAUCGAACAAGAAUUGCGACGAGUGACGCAUUUUGGAUUCGAUCAUAACAGUCACAACAUUGAUUAUUUGAUUGAGGACGAGCCAAGUGCGCCGCCGCGAUCCUACGCGAUCGAUUACGACGUUGAGGAUGAGGAUGAGGAAGAAGAAGAAGUGCACGACGACGAGGCUGAAAUGCAAGGAUUGCAGAUAAUGGAUUUGUUGAGAUCGUCGGAGAGGCGCGAGCAGGAAGCGUUGACGGUGUUCGACGAUGAUGAGACGCGGCCGGAAGUGCCGACGAAAGUGCCGAAAAUUGAGAAGGACGAGAAGAAUUCCGACUAG